AUGAUUCAUUACACGUAUCCACAAAAAAUUCAACUACUGAGAAAAUUAAAAUUCAGAAAAACUCUUCAAUUACUACGCAAAUUCUCAUCUUCAUCGUCUUUUUCUACAUCUUCAGAAAUAAAAGAAGUUCGGUUGCUUUACGGAACAUGGCAAGAUCCAUUUUGUGUAUGCUACAAGCCACCAGGUAUGGCUGUACAAGAUAAUAAUCCAUCACGUGUUUCUCUAGUUCGAACAAUUAAAAAUUUGUGUGGAAGGCAAGCGUUUACGGGUCCACUUGUUUUAGCAUUCGAAAAAGAGAUUGCACGUAUCUUAUCAGAUACGCUCGCGAAUGGUCUCUGGCAGAAAUGGUAUCGAGCCCUAGUAAAAAUCCCAUUAGACGUGACGCGGCCUCCGAGACAAUCGUUGUAUCAACAAGGAUCGUUGAUUGCGCCGAAUGGUCAAUUAGUCAAACAUGGAAAAAUCACUAGUUGGAUUAAAAGAUGUCCACCAAUAAUUCGCCCAAAUUUCAGUCCACGUCAACCAUGGACAGACUUAGUUCCCGAUCUUUCGGAAAUCACAUUCAGAAUUCCAUCACCAGCACCAAAGAACCAUCCAUCUCAUCCAGCUCCGCCAAUAAACCCACUCAAUCUGACGGUUAUAAAUUUCUACAAACAGAAAUUAACCUUUGAUCUUGUCCAAACUCAACUUGAAAACGCAUAUUUCUUUCAUUCUGCUCCGCCAUUCUGCCCCGCAACAAAAUUAAGUAUCACAGAAUUUUGGCUACGUGAUGUAUUUUCUUUGGCAGACUACUCUGAUACGACGAAUAACAAUAACCAAAACUACAGAAACGAAGAUAAUAAUAGUAGCUCACCUAAUCAUAAAGAUAAAGUUGGAGCUGGUUAUGAUUAUGAUUAUGAUCAUAAUAGUAGUCGUCGUCAUCAAAAAAUCGGUUUAUACGAUAUUUAUUUGCACACCGGGCGAACUCACCAAAUUCGUCUACAUUUUGCUGAAUCUGGGUGCCCGAUUCUCGGGGACGAAGUCUAUGAAGAUCUGAUCGGGAAACGUAAACAGUAUAAUGAAAAUAAGUAUCUCGCAUUGCAAGCAUAUAAAUUAAGAUUACCUCAUCCAUGGAAACGGUGGGAGUGGAUAGAAUGCGAAGUUAAUAUGCCAAAUGAUAAAGAAUGGUUAAAGAAUAUAAAUUUCAAUAAUAGUAACAACUAA